CCUGCGGCAUGGAAACAGCAAACACGCAUAGAAUCUUUACCCGGGAAGGAGUUAAAGCGUGAGAAUAAUACUGUGUCCGGUCACGGCGCGUGCCCGUUCACGUCCGGCAACUUAUGGUUUUCAACAAAUCGAUGAGAGGACCUCUACAGCGUCGGUACUCGUCACCAUAGUAACCAGAUGUUUUGUUUAGAAAUCUAUCUUACUAUCUCGAUCAUUUCUCCCUCACUCAGCUGGGAAAAAAGAAAGGCAAGCAGCAAAAAAUAUAACAACGAAUAAUAUCCAAGAUUUCCAAACACGUCGCAUCAUUUUUAUUUUUUUCCCUGUCCCAAGAACAGCGAAUAAUUUACUGCCUGGUGAAGGAAAGUAAUGAUUUCUAAGAAACAUCUCAUGUUCCAUCCGUGGAAAACAUACAUGCAAGAACAAGAAACGCAGAAACCUAACCUGUGAUAAAUAAAAAGCAAAGUAAACAUCUCAGUAUAGCUCAAAAGAAUGACAAAAAAAAAUUCCCAUUUAUUCGCAUGGCAGUUAAAACUUCUUUAAAAAUACAAUGAGGGGACUCGUAUGAUUCACCACAGCUUCUUUUACUGAGCUAAUUUAGAGCGUAUGGUGUAGUGGAUAUUAUGAAGCGAGCAAGUUUAAAUUGCUUAAAGCACAAACUAAUCCAUUCCUUAUGACGAAAAGCAAAAGUACUUAAUUAGGAAAGCUUUUAUAAGUAUUUAACGUUUUUCACUUUUGUAUUACGUAUUAAUGUUUUGAAUAAAAACAUGGAGGUAAGCGACGGAGAGGAGGAAAGGGAAUCUCCAACAGAGAAAACCGCGUUAGAAAGUCCUGUUGUUAUUCCGCAGUAUAUGAAAAAUGUUCCUGUUAAAAAGAUACGGCAUCCAGCAGAACGUAGUAUUGUACCGACAGUUAUUAUAUCCACUAUAUUUGUGGUUGGUGGCUUUGCCUUUGGAUUGCCAGUGGUAGCAACUCUAACCGUAGCUGUAGUUGUGGUGGGUAUGAUUAGGAUAGCAACAACCGUUUGCUGCGCAAGUCGAUUGGGCUAUGGCUUUGCUGGCUGUACUGGAUUUAUGUCUGCUACAGAUGCAUUUUGGUUGCAUGAUUCCCGCUUUAACUGCUACGUCGCACAUUGCCUUUUUUUCGUAGAACGUGGACUGGAUGUUCGAACUGCGCGAGAAAUCCUACAAAGCAGAGUGAUUGAAAAAACAACUGAAAAUGGCGAAAGAGCCUUCGCUCGUUUCACUCAAAAAGUGGUCUCAGUAUCAGCUGGUUACUGCUGGGUUGAUGAUAGUGAGUUCGAUAUCGAAAAGCAUGUGUUUGAAGAGGCUCGUCGCAUCAGAACUAGACAUCAACUAAGAGACCUGAUAUCGUCUUUGAUGAGCCAUCCUCUAGCUCCGAAUAGACCACUUUGGGAAGUCAGAAUGGUGAAAAACUAUGGCGAUGCCCGGGACACUGUGUUAAUAGUUCGUGUCCACCAUGCCUUGAGCGAUGGGGUAACUUUUAUAAAAUUAUUAGGUAACUUCUUGGCAGAUCAUCCACAAAUGUUGCGAAUCAAACCUCGAAUCGGUGGUACGACUUUUCCAUUGAAUGUAUUUCGAGCUGCUGUUGUUGCUCCAUUGACUCUUCUGACAUGGCUUUUAACGCGUAGGGACUAUAAUCCAAUAUCUCAUCGCCAACCUCUUUCUGGAAAAAGAACUAUUGGAUGGUCUUCGGGCAUCCGUUUUGCUACGGUGGAUCGUAUUCGUCAGGUGACCCACUGCAGUGUUAACGAUGUUCUUAUGGCCGCUGCAAGAGGUGCGAUAAGGGAUUACUUUAAGAAGCAUUGUGGAUUGCACUCACCACCAGAUGUCACUGUAAACAUACCACUUGAUCUACGUUAUGAGCCUACGUCCAUGGAGUCCUACCCAGAGCUUGGUACUGGUUUUGCUGUCGUCAAUGCCAAACUACCCACCAACACUGAAGGCGCCAUUCCUGGUCUCUGGGACGUCCAUCAGUGCAUGGACGAAUUAAAAGGUUCCUGUGAUGCCGUCGUCAUGUACAGCACAAUCCACUACUUGAUGACCCUUCUUCCUGCCUGCGUGUGCCAAUGGCUGGUGCGGACCGUCCUCAAGAAUGCUAGUCUUUCCUUUUGCAGCCUUCCUGGUCCCGAGAGGCAAGUGAUGCUAGCUUCCUGCCGCCUCAAAUCCGUCACUUUCUGGAUGAACUCACAUCCAGAUGUUCCUGUGGCCUUCUGUAUAUUUUCUUACGCUGGAAAUUUUUAUGUUGGUGUGUCUGCAGACAGUGGCACCAUUGCGUCGCCGAAGAUUCUAGUGAAAGGCUUUACAACGCAUCUAGACAGGAUGUACAGUAUUAUAGCAAAACGUAAAAUCCCUGGUCAGGAAAGGAGAAGGAGCUCGUUUACUGCUGAGCGGAGGAGAGAAGAGAUAUUCAAGCCAUCUGUUAAGGAGAUCAAUAGCAAAUUGCACGCAGUACAAGAUGAACUACACGAAAUCACACGGAAGCUGGAGAUGAUGUCGAUGCCAGGCUAUAUCCAUCCUCCGGAAUACGCCCCGGCACCACUCUACCAGAAAGCUCUAAAUCAUCGCAUGGAAGAACUAAAAGAAGAAUUCGUGGAACUUAUUACAGAACUGAGAAAGAGAAAAACAGUAGCUGGUGGAGUUGUUAUUGAUAUCGAGGAUGUACAUUACGACCACGACUUAGACGGACAGCUGAGGCGACCGAAACGGAUGCUCGCCAAUCAAGGCAGGCGGCCCAGCUUCACCGCGCUAACCACGCUUCUGUCUACCUCGCGUCCUCUGCUCACACAGUAUGCCCCAACGGCCGCCCAGCAAGCAUUGUAUUACGUCCCAUCGGACCCCGAUUUGGAAAUACGACGAACACCUGAACAGCAGAGAGCACUCCUAGCAAGAAGUAAUGAAGCAUGUUAUAUAUCUCGAAGUGGUGGUUUGUAUCGAAGAGAAAAUGCUUAUUAAAACUUAACAGAGUGUUUACUUUCUUUAUAUUUUUUUAUGUCAUUGUACUUUGAUGUUAUUUAAGAUUCACCUUAACACUGUUUUGACGUCUAUCAGUUAAAGUUAUUCAGUUCUUAUAAGAUUUAUUGGCAUCAGAAAUAUUUGUAUUUGAAAGAUAUAUUUCGAUAAUUAAAAGAAGUUUAAUUACCGAUAUUCGACAGUUAAAAAAGUUUAACCGAAAUGCAGGUUAAACAUCUGGUACUUGUUACUAGAUUACCAUACAAUACAAUACGAAUUUUUUUUAUUCAUUUGAUGGACGAAUUUGAGUUAGAAAUUUAAAAAUGUAUAUUUUAGUGUCUCAAAUCUUGCUCAUGAAGGGCAAAAACCAAUAUUUGUAAAAAAAAAAUGCAUCUAUAAUUCUUGAAAAAAGGUUUUUAAUGAAAAAGUACUAAUUUGUUUAAUGAAUUCCAUCAGAACAUUAAUAUAUCGAUAUUUUAGUUAUCAAUGCACUGAGUCACGUGACUUCAAAAUUUUCUUUUGAUAUUAUUAUGCACAUCUCUCCCUUACUUGUAUUCUUAAUUUUUGCGCAUAGUUAUUUCAUAAACAAACUUAAUCAUCUUACGCAUUCUAAAAGAACACUCACAUUUCAGUUUUUAAUAUAGCGAGUCACGUGACUUCGGAAGAUUCUUCUGGGACUGACUAUUAUGUAUAGUACUAUAGAACUCCCUAAUUUCUAUACUUAAGCUAUUAUGCCUCGAUACAUUACGUUUGAAAAUUAUUAAUAAAAAUUGUCAUGCACAUAAUUUUGCAUCAGUAUUUAUUUGAAUGAUAGAAUCAUGCUGAUCUUUUAAAGUACCAAUUCUGAUUCAGUGUAAAACCAUAUGCUUAAUUUGAAAUUGGAACUACUUCAACCCAUUUAUAAAUUUUGUGAGUCUUCAUGUGUGUUAAAAGUUAAUCUACUCCAUAUAAGAGUAAGAAAAGCUUUUAAUAUUGUUUUAAAUGUAAGUAAGAGUUCUAAUAUUGAACAUCUUAUAACUUGCAAAUGAGCUUGAAAAGAAAUUGUAUGAGUAAAUGAUUUUAAGAAUGGAGCUUUAAACUGCAUGAAUGUAAAGAAAUGAAACGAAAAGAAAUAGAUUUACAAAUGGAAAGACUUUUUGAAAAUGAAAAUUUAUUUUCUAAAGAGAGGACUUUAUAAAUGUCUUUAGAGAACAUUAUAAGUGUUUCUUUAAAAUUAUUUUUGCUUGAAGGAGCCGCAAUAUUUAUUUACAACUAACUAUUAUAUUAAAUUAAUAUUUUAGAGCUUAUAUAUCUGAAUAUUGAGCUUUAUUUAAAUGAAAGUAAAUCUUUGCUUUUAUUUUAAUUAAAUUAACCUAUAGAAUUUGGGGUAUUGCUUAAAUUUAUUAUUAUAUAUCCUUAUGCAACUCUAUUACAAAUUAAUUAAAAAGAAGAAAAAAAAUUUAAAAAAUAAAAAAUUAUUAAUAAUGAUUAUAUAUGACACCAUUUUUGAGUUGCUUAAGACUAUCUACAAAUAGAAUGGGCAAAAGUACUAUUUUAAAUUAAAUUUAUAAAUUGUUUUAUUGUGUUUUGGCAAAAACUUAAAAUUUGAUUUGUUAUUACAUAUUGUUACUUUAUUUUCUCUGGUCAAUAAUUUCUUUUAACUAAAAAAUUCGAAUGAAUGCAAUUUAAACAUAAGUCUUAAUCAAUAUUCGAGACAUUUACUUCCUUUAAAAAAUAAUUUUAUUUUGCUUCUACUUGUAUUUCUUAUUCACACCAUGAAAUAAAGUUAAAGAUUAUUUUAUUUGCAAGAAUUUGAAAAUUUAUUGCUGAUGUUUUUAAUAAUUAAUUAU